UAUUAUAUAGAAAUAAUCCAAAAAUACGAUUAAAGUUUCAAAAUGGAAGAAUAAUAAAUUUUAAAUGAAUAAAAGGGAAAAUAGCCUUAAAGCAGUACAAUUACCUAAUAAACAACUCCUCAGUCUGGUAGAUAUUAAACCCUCAAACAAAUUAUUUGUACCAAAGAGUAAAAUGAAGAAAGUAAAAAAAACUAACCAAUUCAACAAAUCAUAUCAACGAAUAAUAAAUUUUAGAUGAAUAAAAGAGAAAAUAGCCUUUAAGCAGAAGGCAUUUACAUAACUAAAUCAUAUAUAUCUCCUGAAUUUGGAUAAGAAGGUGUUGAGAGAUAUUAAACCCUCAAACAAAUUAUUUGUACCAAAGAGUAAAAUGAAGAAAGCGAUCAUAUUAACAGUGGAGGGGAGGCAGAUAUAUUUACAAAUCAAAAUGAUGAUAAUAUAGUAUAUAGAGUAAUUAAAUUAAAUGAAGACAAGGAUUUAAGGAAAUAAGAAUAAGAAUUAUAAAGAUUUUAGGAAUUAUAAGAAUAAAAUAUUUUAAAUAUAAAUAGUUCUUAUCUAAUAGAAAACUAAGUUAUCAUUUACUCUAUAUAGAAGUAUAUUUAUCAUUCAGAUAUUAAACCAGGAAAUAUCUUAAAAAUUGAUGAUAAUAAUUACUAAUUAUCUGAUUUUGGUGCUUCAUAGUAAGUUGAUUUUAUUGAUCCUUUUUGUGAUUAUGAAAUGUAUACACCUGAUUUUAAACCAAAAAAAAGAGAGAAAAAUUUACCUUUUUAUCAUGAUAUCUAUUCUUUUGUAAUUAAGACAUUCUUAGAGGAAUAUUUAAAAUAGAUAGAGCAUUACUUAGUCAUCAAAAAAGAAAAUAAAGUAUUUCAGUAUGAAUCAUAAUAUUAAUAUGCUGAAAUAGCUAUUUUGAUUAUUUAAUAUUUAAGAAAAGAAUAUAAAGAAUCUCUCGAAUGUAUUAAUGAAAUUUUUAGAGAAGAUUUUAAAGAUAAUAGUUAGUCAGAAAUCCUAAUAAAAUCAAUUAGAAUUGUAACUAAGAUCUUAAUAAAGCUAGCUAAAUAAUAAGACAAAAUUAUCUUAAAAGAAUUAAAAUAAACUGAUUGA